AUGCAAGUUGUUUAUUCUGGUGACGCCAAAGUGGGUGUUCCGUGACUCGGUCGCUUACUUACAGAGCAGCUACGGAAGCCGUCGCGUUUGCGCAAUAAGGCAGCCAGUGAGCUUCCUGAAAAUGGCCAGCUGGGGAAAGUUCACCGCCGUCUUUAGGAAUGUGGUCAGGAGCUCUCGGGUUCGGAAGACUUCUACAACAUUCCGUGCAAUUGGUUCCGGUGUUUUGGGCUCUGUCGUUGGAACCGGGGGUCUCUGUUAUUACUUAUACCACCAUGCUAAUGUCAGGACUUUACCCUUCGCUGUUCUUGCAGAGGAAGAAAAAUUGCAGGAACCUGCAGUUCCUCAGCUGUCUGCCAGAAAGGUCCGUUUUACCCAGUUUGCCUCAGUGAUGUAUGAUAUGGAGCCCUACAUGACCCCAAGGGACUUCCUGUUCUCCGUCAUGCUGGAACAAGUAGAUCGAAAGCUCCAAAAGAGAAUCUUAACAACUGAGGACCUCAACAAGAUGUUGGUGACUGCCUCUAAAGCUCGUCCUGGCAGCGAUCUGUUCAGAAACCUAGGAGACAACGGUUUAAUAUCCUACACAGAGUAUCUCUUCCUGCUGACCAUCCUGACCAAGCCACGGACCGGGUUUCAGAUCGCUUUCCAAAUGCUGGAUGUGGACGGCAAUGAGCAAGUGGAGAAAAAAGAGUUUCUCACGCUCAAGAACAUCAUCGGCAAGAGUAAACCAAAACCUCCGAAGGACGUGGCAGAGAAAUCGGCAGAGGAAGGGGCGGCGGCAAACACGUCACUUCAGGCGUACUUCUUUGGAAAGAGAGGAGACAACAAGCUGAAGUACCAGGAGUUCCUCAGGUUCAUGGAGGACCUGCAAGCUGAGGUCCAGGAGAUGGAGUUCCUGCAGUUCUCCAGAGGCAUGGACACCAUGAGAAGGGAAGACUUCGCCGAGUGGCUGCUGCACUACACCAACGAAGAAGACAAUGAAAUCUACUGGGAGAACAUGAGGAAGAAGAUCCCUGCUGGUCAGAGCAUCACAUUUGAGGAGUUCAAAGCCUUCUGCCUGUUCACCAACAACCUGGAGGACUUCGCCUUCUCAAUGAAGAUGGUCACCGAGGCCAACCGUCCUGUGGGGAUGGCCCAGUUUAAGCGAGCCGUGAAGAUUGCUACGGGCCAUGAGCUGUCGGAGAACGUUCUGGACACAGUGUUCAAACUCUUCGACAUGGACGGAGACAACUGCCUGAGUCACAAGGAGUUCAUGGGAGUAAUGACGGACAGAGUGCUGCGGGGUCUGAAGGUGCAGCAACAGACCGGCAUCUCUGGCUACUGGAAGUGUGUGAAGAGAGAGACCCUGAAAGGGGCCAAAGAGGCCCUGGGAGACAGCGGCUGCCCCAUCUGACAUCUUCACACGUCCACCACUGCAGAUAGUUAUGUUUUAUAUUAGUAAACAAAUGGUGUGAGUGAGAUUCUACAUUUAUGCACAUAAAAAUAUAGGAUAAUACCACUGCCUCAUCUGAAAUCUAUGGAGCUCAUUUCCAUCACGAAAGAGAAAAAUCAAAGCCCAAGAAUAAAAGAAAAUGACAGGAAGUUAUAGUUUUGACUUUCAAAUUCGUAAUUAUGAGAAUCGGAGUCGUAAUUUUGAGGUAUAUAAACAAUUCUGAGAUGUAAAGUCAUAAUUAUGAGAUACUGCAACAAGCCUCCUUAGAGAAACAACAUGACUAUCGAUCUUAUAAUUUGAACUAUGACUAAUAAAGAAGUUGAAAGUCAAAAUUCUAACUUCUCUUGACUUCCUGUUGGGCUUUUAUAUUUCUUUCAUGGCAGGAAUGAGCUUCCGUAGAAAACGCAUUCACAAUCCAGCUAAAAUGUGGGGUUUUGUCAUUUACAAGCAUUUCACACAGGAGCUAGCUGAUCAUUUUUGCAUUCAGGAUACAUAUUUAUACGUUUGCACUCAAUCAGGUUUAAAGUUUCCAACCCCUUUGUAUUCCUUGUAAGUCAAUGUGUUAAGCACGGCUGAAAUGUCUAUAUUUAAAACGAGUGCGUGUUUACAGUGCCACCAGGAGCUUUUUAAUGUUUGGUGUGGGAAUUUUCAUGUUUAUCAACAUUUAAAUAAAGUGUCCCCAUAAAUCCACCUGGAGUCUUAAUCCUUUGAAAUCAGCAGCAAAGGAGUAAAGCAGCUGUGACUAUUUAGUCCUUUAUUGUAGAAUUGACCUGUUCAGAUCACAUAAGUGUGGGUUAACCAUUCGAUGUGAUGCUAAUUAUCUUACCAUACAUAGAAUUCAAAAAGUAAAUAGACAAAACAAGCAUACAUCUGUGAUAGAUGGACUAAUUAGUGACUGAUGCCAAAGGUUAUCAGUGAAUACAGCAUACACAGCUACAAUAAAAUUACACUGAGCAUGAAGCCAUCUUUGGUCUUCUUAUCACUAUAAACAAAUACAUAGAAAUUUGUAUUGUAUCAAAAAUAGAAAUUACAUAGCCAUAUUGAAAGGAAGUUCACAUUUGAAACAUACAACAGAAGAAUACCUACGAGACAUGAUGUGGGAUUACAUUUUUUUUUUUUGCACUCCUUGGCUUUAAGGACCAAAUGAGGUUUUGUGUUCAAAACAUUCGAUUUUUUUUUUCUUCUUUUUUUCUCUCCAAAGAAGUGCAUUACUUUAGCCAAGUCAUCAAUCAAUAACGCUGUCCUGCAUCGGUUUAAUACACAAUGCAACAUUUACAACAAACCAAGAAGGAAAAAUAAAAAAUAAAAUAAAAACAGAAAUAAAAACACAAA